GACCCAGAGAGACAGUGGAAGAAGAAGAGCUUACUUCAUCACUUCCGCUGUCAAACAAAAUUAAAAUUAAUUUAAAACCAAAAAAUAUCAACAAAAAUGGAAGAAUCAGAAAAAACUCAGAAAUUUCACAAGGAGACGAAGAAGCAACAAGAGGAACAAAACCAGUCUUCUCAAUCACGUUCACAAAUCAACAAUCUCAAUCUCGAGAUGUCUUCAAGAUCAUCACUUCAUUCAUUACCACAAACAACGAUUGAUUCACCACCUCCAGAUUCACCAACCCUCUCUUCAAUCCCCGAUAGCCAUGGAUCUUCUCCUCACACGAUUAUUCCAACUCCUUCUGUUGUUUCCAAGACAGAGACUCCUUUUAGGGUUACGAACGGAGAUUUCGUUGAAGACGAGAAGAAAGUCAGCGAGAGUAGGAGACAAUUGAGACCGCCGAGCUUUUCUUCUACUCCGCGUGAAUCGAAAUGGGCAAGUUUUAUUAGGAAAGCUUUGCUUGGAUUUAGGGUUACUGCGUUUGUUUCGUGUCUUGUUUCCUUCUCUGUUAUGGUUUCUGAUAGAGAUAAAGGAUGGGCUCGUGAUUCUUUCUACAAUUACAAAGAGUUCAGGUUCUGUUUGGCUGCAAAUGUGAUUGGUUUUGUCUACUCAGGUUUUAUGAUAUGUGAUCUUGUAUACCUGUUAUCUACUAGCAUUCGGAGAUCACGACAUAACCUGCGACAUUUCUUGGAAUUUGGUCUUGAUCAAAUGCUAGCUUAUCUUCUUGCAUCGGCUUCGACUUCAGCUUCAAUCCGCGUAGACGAUUGGCAAUCAAACUGGGGAGCAGACAAGUUCCCAGACUUAGCUAGAGCAUCUGUCUCACUGUCUUACGUCUCCUUUGUCGCAUUCGCCUUCUGCUCAUUGGCUUCCGGUUAUGCUCUUUGUGCACUCCGGUCCAUUUAAACCAAACAAGCGCAAGCUCGAGACAAACAGUCUCAUUUUGUUGACUCUCCAAGUUGUAUCCUUGACCCUAGCUAAACGGGUCCAGUUUCUGAUUUUUAAAAGAAACUUUUAUUUUAUAU